AUGAUUGGUGUCUUCUCAAGAGGUGGUGGAAUUGCUCAAGGUUCUACCGUAUUUGGUAAUAACAUUGUGUAUGCAAUCAAUGCAGGACAAGCUACCAAUGAUUGGCAAGCUCGUGGUUUUGGUGGUAUGGCUGGACGUUUACCUGAUCGCCCUAAUUAUCAAGAAAACUUUUCAUUUGAUGGUACAUUGAACAAUGCCGGUUCUUAUGCAAAUGCUAUUUAUUAUGUCAUUUUCUCUUAUGCUUAUCUUGCUGUAUUACCUUUGGAUAAAAUUCGAUCUUCAGAUUUGACGGUGGCUGCCAACUUAUUCAAUACUGCUUUUGGUGGGAUAUUUGGUAGUCGAGUACUUCCAGUUUUUGUUGGAUUAUCUUCCUUUGGAUUUGUGGGUGUAGUAACUUAUUCAGGAUCUCGAGUGAUAUUGGAAUUUGCUCGUGAAGGUCAUUUACCAUUUGAUCGCGUAUUCAGUCGAGUUCAUCCUAAAUUACAAACACCUGUUGCUUCUCUGUUACUUUUGUAUGUGAUUUCUUUGAUCUUCAUGUUGGCUCCUCCUCCAGGUACCGCAUUUCAAUUCAUUAUGGCGUUCUGUAGUUAUGCUGAUUACUUCUUUGCUGCUCUUUGUGCUAUUGGUUUAUUGAUUUUGCGUCGUAGGGAACCUAAUAUCAAACGACCCAUUCGUUCUCCUUUCCCUUUAACCGUGUUUUAUCUACUUGUUUGUAUUUUCACUCUGGUCUUUGUCUAUAUUCCUCCUACAAAAGCACCAGCUCAAUAUCCUUAUUGGGGUAAGUAUUGUUUGAUAAAUAUAAUAGAGAAAAGAUACUUAUUUGAUAUUUAUAUAUAG